GACGUACUCAUUGUUCCGUAGCAUUUUAGCUAACACGCCAUUGAACAGUGCGGGAAGACAGAGGGGGAGAUCAUUCUCGAACAUUCACCUCUCCACAGCAGUCCCGGAGAGCUCAUACCCCGAACACACGGCGUCGUUUGAGCAGUAGACCCCUGAACCGGAGGAAAGAGACCCGACAGACCCGUUUCUGAGGUUUUAUCUGCUCUGAUCUGGGAGCGACAGGCGCGCUGAUGGCGGUCACUAUCGAGGAUCUCUACCGGAGCUACGGGACGCUCGCUGAUGCGAAGGACAACCUCAGUCAGCACAAAGAUGCGUACCAAGUUAUCUUGGACGGCGUGAAGGGAGGAGCAAAGGAGAAGCGCCUGGCUGCUCAGUUUAUCCCCAAGUUCUUCAGCAACUUCCCCGAACUGGCCGACGCUGCCAUUAAUGCUCAGCUUGAUCUGUGUGAAGACGAGGAUGUGUCGAUUCGACGACAGGCGAUCAAGGAGCUGCCUCGGUUUGCAACUGGAGAGAACAUCCUCAGAGUGGCCGAUAUUCUCACCCAGCUCCUGCAGACAGAUGAUACAGCAGAAUUCAACCAAGUGAACGCAGCACUUAUUUCUAUCUUCAAGAUAGAUGCAAAGGGAACUCUGGGAGGCCUCUUCUCUCAGAUCCUGCAGGGCGAGGACAUCGUGAGGGAACGGGCCAUCAAGUUUCUGUCAGGCAAACUGAAGACGCUGUCAGAGGAGGUCAUGACGAAGGAGGUGGAAGACUACGUGUUCGCAGAGACAAAGAAGGUGCUGGAGGAUGUGACGGGGGAGGAGUUUGUGCUGCUGAUGCGCGUGGUGUCGGGCCUGCGGGUGCUGCAGACGGUGAACGGGCGGCAGCAGCUGGUGGAGCUGGUGGUGGAGCAAGCUUUCCUUGAGCAGGCUCUCAACCCAGCCGACCCCGACACUGUAGACCGCCUGCUGCAGUGCACACGUCAGGCUCUGCCCCUGUUCUCAAAAAAUGUCCAUUCCACACGUUUUGUCACAUACUUCUGCGAACACGUUCUGCCCAACCUCAGCGCCCUGACGAGUCCUGUGGCUGAGCUCGACAUCCAGCUGGAGGUGCUGAAGCUGUUGGCUGAGAUGAGUCCGUUCUGUGGAGACAUGGAUAAGCUGGAGGCCAAUCUCAACAUGCUGUUCACCAAGCUGCUGGAGUACAUGCCUCUGCCACCAGAGGAGGUAGAGAACGGAGAGAACCCAGCAAACGAGGAGCCCAAACUGCAGUUCAGCUACGUGGAGUGUCUCCUCUUCGGCUUCCACCAGCUGGGCAAGAAGCUGCCGGACUUCCUCAUCGACAAAGUGGACGCAGAACGUCUCAAAGACUUCAAGAUCAGGUUACAGUACUUUGCCAGAGGCCUCCAGGUUUACAUCAGACAGCUGCGAGUAGCACUGCAAGGCAAGACGGGAGACGCUCUGAAGACAGACGAGAACAAGAUCAAAGUGGUGGCCCUCAAGAUCACAAACAACAUCAACGUCCUCAUCAAGGAUCUCUUCCACAACCCUCCAUCCUUCAAAAGCACAGUCACUCUGUCCUGGAAACCGGUCCAGAAGGCAGAGGCAGUAGCACCCAAGCGUCCGUCAGGCGAGGAGAUGGGAUCCGGUGGAAGCACAAAAAAACAGAUCUCUCCUCAGCACCGGAGGGACGCACGGCAAAUCUACAACCCCCCAAGUGGCAAGUACAGCGCCACCAUUGGCAAUUUUAAUUAUGAGCAGCGUGGUGGGUUCAGGGGCGGCCGAGGACGAGGCUUCGGAGCCAGAGGCAACAGGAGCCGAGGCCGGAUCUACUAAGACAGAACACCCAUACACACACACACACAUGCAUACACACACACAUACAGUGCAUAUUGCUCAUUGAACUGCAUCACAUCGAGAUCUUUUCCUCACUAAGAUGGACUAUUUGUCACCUCCUCUUCGUUGUUUCUUAUUUUUUAAACUGGUCUCCACAUCUUUCCACUCCUCUCCCGCCCACACAUCAUGGUUUUUCUUUAUUACCGUUUUUUCGGGAGGGCGCUGUGGGGGUUUCCUUUCCCGUCUUCAGACACCAGGCUCAGACUUUUUUAAACAAUCAUUCCCUCUGUGAUCCCUUCUCGACCCAGACGAAAAAAUCAUGUAGAUCUAAAUGUUUUUGUUCCCCUCCCGCUUCAUUUUUAAAUAUUAUCGUGUAUUUUUGUGGAACAAAAGACUGCCAAGUUGUAACUGAUGAAUAUUUUUGUCAGAUUAUUGUAGGAAAAGAUAAAGAUCCUCUUGUUUUGCAACAUGUUGAUGAAUGCAUUUCUUUCUACCUUUUUAUUUAAUCUUGUUUUCUUUUUUAUUAGAGCUUAAGUUGAAUUGGAUGACUAUGCUACUUUGUAUGAAUCAAUGAUGUUGUUUCAUUGGAUUUUUAUCAUAAACUUGUAUGGAAGUAUGAACUUUUGUCUUUAACUUUUUUAGCAGUGACUCCCUCCCUCCCUCCCUCUCUCUCUUCACUUUCUACACCUUGAAAUCCCCUCUUUUCUCUCUCUGGAUGUUCCCAUACUUCCCUCUCCUUUCAUUCACUCGCCCACCCAUUCAUCCCAUUUAUCCUCUCCUCUCUCUCGUCAUACCUCUCCCCCUCUACGUCUAUAUCUGCACCAAAGCAGCAUGAAUAGACGUUAAAUUUAGCUCAGGAUCUGGCAUCUACAUUUAGAAUAUACACACAUACACAAACAUGAAUUCUCCACUGUCUGCAUGCAUGCACCCUCCCCUUCCCUCUCUCCUCUCCUCCCUCCCCUCCUCUCUCCUGUUUAUGUUUGUGUUGAGGUGCAGGGAGUGGGUGUGCAAGCUUUGAAGUAAAAAGGGAGAUUCUGGCUCUCAAUAAUUGACGCAGCCAUAAAUAGUUCACAUUUUAUUUACACUCUCUGGAGGUGGGGGCUCUCUGGUUUUCUUUGUGCAUGUUCAGUCAUGCACAUUGUGUUUGAUACUUGUGAUAAACUUUGCAUGACUACAUAUAUUUGACUUUAACUUGGACCUGCAGCUUGAAAUGUGCACCUGCAACAGAUCCCAAGCAAUUAACUUAACUACAGAAGGGUUGAUAUUUAUUAAACUUCACAAAAACAUAAUUUAAGACAAGACUUUUAGAUAUAAAGAUGUAUUGUUUGAAUUCA